AUGAAGCGCAGUCAAAGAAGUGUUGCUGAGAUAGAUAAGAAGGUUCAUAGAGAAUUUGCUCACUGGUUCCGCAAUCGUAUUUGCAACAAUCUUGACAACAUUCAUGGACCAGAUAAAGAUGUUCUCAUUAGCCUUGCUUAUGGCCCUUUUGAUAAAGUUAAAAGAUUUACUGCGUUCGAUGUCAGUGGAUUCAAAUUUCGAACAUUGGAACGAGAUAAUCUUUUAAAAACUCAAAAUAGUGGUGUUUUUGGCUUGUUUGGGACGCGAAGUUAUUCAAGUAAUAGUGAUACCCAAAUGAGAUUUGGAGGGGUCCCUUACUAUGGAAGAUUGGUAGACAUUAUUGUGCUUUCCUACGAUGGCUUCACAGUGCCCUUGUUUAAAUGUGAAUGGGCUAAUACCACAAACCCAAGAGGCAUUAAGAUAGAUAAGUUGGGUUUUACUUCUAUAAACUUUACAAAACUACUACAUUUUGGGGAACAUGAAGAUAAUGACUCGUACAUUCAAGCGUCAGAAGUUCAGAUGGUUUUUUAUGUGGAUGAUAAGAAUGAACAAGGGUGGAGCAUACCUGUUCAUUUGAAGCCAAGAGACUUGUAUGAAAUGGGUGGAAAUGAUGAAAUUAUGUCACCCAUUGAGCCAUAUCCAUCACAAAAUUUGGAACAAAUUUUUUCGAAUGAUGAUAUUGGAACUUCAUCAGCAAAUGAUAACAAUAAUUAA